AUGUCAUUAUCAUACGUCGGCACACAAUUAACAAUUUAUGUUGGUUCUGCUAUUCUUAUUGCAGGUAUACUCGGUAAUGGCAUAAACAUUUUCAUAUUUUCAAGUGUGCGUACCUAUCGCAACACUCCUUCUACAUUCUAUUUUCUUGUUGGUUCAAUUCACAACCUUCUUUAUCUAGCAAUUAAUCUUACUUUUCGUAUUGUUAGUGUAGGUUCUGGAUUUGAUUUAACUCGUACUUCAUUAGCUUGGUGCAGAGCACGAUCUUUUUUUCUUAGCACUAUUAGUGUGAUUUCAUUUACUUGUUCAUGUUUGGCUACAAUCGAUCAAUUUCUAGCUACAUCGCAAAGUGCUCAUCUUCGUCGGUAUAGUAAAAUAGAAUUAGCCUAUCGGAUUGUAUUGGUUGCCAUGGUUGUCUGGUAUCUUCAAGGAAUUCCUUGGAUUUUAUACCAGAAUAUUUCACCAAUCAGUAAUACAUGUGUACGCACUGAUGCCAUCUAUGCCAUUUAUGUAUCGGUAUACCUGCUCCUCGUUCUUUGUGUUAUUCCAGUCGUAGUAAUGAUCGGAUUUGGAUUUCUGACAUAUCGUAAUAUCCGUCUAACAAUUGCACUUGCUGAGCUACGUGCUGAUCGUCAAUUGGCAAAGAUGACUUUGAUUCAAGUAGUUCUUGUUAUUAUUAGUAUCAUUCCAUAUGGUAUUAACAAUGCUUAUGGUUUAAUCACAACUGGAAUGACUAAAGAUGCUAAUCGAAUAUUGAUAGAAAGUUUUGUCUCGACCAUCGUUAGUCUCAUAACUUAUCUCUAUUAUAUGGGCAGCUUCUACAUGUUUUUAAUUUCAUCAAGUCGUUUUCGUCAUGCAAAAUUCGUUAAUGAUAAUUACUGGAAAGAUGCUUAUGAUGUCUAUUAUAUGGAUAAAAGAUUAGAUGGUGUUCGAGCAAGUUCUUUUGAAUUGUUGAAAGAUGGAUAUUUCAAAGAUGCUUCUGAUGUUUAUUAUAUGCGAAACAAAAUAGAAGGUGCACGUGCAAGUGCUUUUCAAUUAAUUGAUAAAGGUUAUUCUAAGGAUGCUUCUGAUGUCUACUAUAUGGGUAAAAAGAUCAACGAUGCGCGUGCAAGUUCUUUUCAAUUCAUUGACAAUGGCUAUGCCGAAGAUUACCGAAAUGCCACUUGUGUUAAUCAGCAAUAA